CUAUAUACAUUGCUUUAAUUUUAGAAAUGUAAUAUAUAGUCAGAAUAUUGGUAUGGAAUGGUUAUUUAUCAUUCUAUUUGAAUGAAAACCUUUAGACAAUAUGGAUGAGGAUAAAAAAAUGUUUACGAGGGACGAAGCCAUUCCCAGUGUGUGUCGUAUAUGCUAUUGCUCGUCAGAGGAGGAAGAAUUGAUCACGCCAUGCAAAUGUUUGGGAAGUGUGCAAUACAUACACAGAUCAUGUCUGAUGAAAUGGUUAAGAACUGGAAUGGACCAGUGUGAAAUUUGUAAAUCUACAUAUAAGUUUCAGCGGCACAUCAAACCAUAUCGAAAGAGAGUUGCUCCUAACAUCACGUCUUGGCAUUUUGCAUGGAUUGUCAAAGAACUUGUGGUUUUGGAUUGGUUUCACUUCUUAGAGACUGUGUUUAUAUGCAUCAGUUUGACAGUCAUCAACCGGCUGUCAUCGUUUGAUCUUGUUUAUCAAUUCGCCUUGAUAGGCGUUGUCGAACUUGUUUACUAUACCCUUAACAUAUUCAGUUGUUUUUAUUUGUUGUACUACGAAAGGUGGGCGAGACUAAAUAUCGAAGUUUUGAUUCUGAAUUACAACGAUGAUGUGGUGGAAAACGGUAAGAUCGGCAUUCUGUUGGCGUGUUUUAAUAGAUAUGCAGCACUGUUGCGAAGAAAUAAGCGAUUGGAACAAGUUGUAGAGCAGAUUGAUGAAGCUGAUGGAGAGGCUUGGUGAGGAGGUUGAUAAUUCUGAAAGGGUGAAAAAAAGAGAAUGUGCGGGCUAACCAUGUUUGCAACGACGGAAAGUGGAAGGCCCAACAUUCUAAUAACUUCUGAACCGGUUGAUUUUGCUAUAUCUUAAAGUAAUGGUAAAUUUUUAAAAGCGGGCGCUCGAAGACAACGCGUGAUUUUAUAUAUAUGAGACCUGUUUGUAAGUAGUACUAAACUAAGAAACUUUUAAAACUGGGAAAUAAAUAAUAAUUUUGGUAUAAGAAGCUGUAGUGAUUAUUAGUUGAUAAAUAAAGAUUUUAGAAUGUGAAAAAGUAAUUCAACAGAGUCAAAGAAAAAUUUUCGGACUAUAGUGUCUCGUCGACAGGUUUCUCAUCAAAUAAAACACGUGCAUCAGAAUGUUGUGAUUAAACUUCAAAUAGAAAUACACUACUUUUUUUCGGUUAUAAAAUCAGGUUAAAUAUAUAUUAUAUAUAUUUUCGAUGUGAAUGUUUUUUACAACUUAUUAAUUUCUUUUCAGGUGUUUUAAGUUUUACUCUGAAAAAAAAAAUUCGGACGGAAAAAUUCUGAACAGUUCACAAUACGUGUGUGAUUAAGAGGAGGAAUCGUUUCUGAUGAAAAGAUUGCAGAAUUUCAAUUUGCGGGUAGUUUUUUGAGAAUUGUACAAAAUGCCGAAUGGAAUAUUGCUACAUUUCGAUUAAAAUUGCAAAAUUAGAGUUCGUUAAACUACCAAUUGUUUUGCUAAUGUGUUUUACAUAUUAAACUUACGUUAAAAUCUCAAAUGAGAAAAUAUGCGAAAUAUAGUAUUACGAAUGUCCGUCCUUGUUCAAAAAAUGCGGAAUUUAAGUUUGCGAAUUCGAGGUGAAUUAGUAGCCAUCACUCCACAUUCUUUUCCUCCCGCACAAACGUCACGCUUAAAUUAACAAAGAUUAAAAAUGUAAACUUGUCUACUUUCCGGACCUUUCUUGUAUAACAUUAAACAGAUGGCGCGAAAAACUCAGAAAUGUUCAAUAGCGUCUGUUUUUUGUAUUUAAUCGGUUAUUAAAAAUUGACAGUUGUUUUUUUAUGUCAGUUUUAAUAGUUGGUUUCAGGUUCUAUAUUUUGGUAAGUUAUUUAAGGUUUAUAACUAAAAUUUUGAAUUUGUAAAUAUUUUUAGAGAAUUUACUGUAUAAAAAGUUACUAAAAUAUAUUGGUGGUUAAGUAUCA